GGCUCUUACCACUUGGCCACAAACACGAAGCAUCCCCUUGUCUCCGAACAACCGUGUUCGCCAUGGACUCAGAUUCUGCUAGUGCCACAUCUCUCGAAAUUCCACAGUAUGAGACCCAGUUCAUCCCUCAAGAGAAUGACGACGAGCAGCUCUAUGACGCGAUAGAGAUCCUCGCUGAGCGCGGCAAUCAGUACAAGGUCAGAUGGGACGGCGUCGACCCUCAGACGGGCAAGCCGUGGGCCCCAAGCUGGGUGGGAAAGCACGACUGCACGGAUAAUUUGAUAUAUGAGUGGAAGGUUAAGCAAGCUAGGAAGAAGAAGCGGGCGGAGAAGAGGAAGAGCAAGGCUCGUUCAUCCGUGUCCUCGUCAAGGACGACAAGACAGUCUGACGCGUUGGCGAGAGCGUCCACAAGCCGUCGCCAGACGCUACCGAACGCGUGGGCGAGCUCUUCAAGGUCACGACUUGUGGAUCAUGAGGUUACCACAGGCGGACUUAGACCUCGCAGUAAGACUCUUAACACGGUGCAGGAUGGGAAUGUCUCGGAUCUUGCUGAAAUUAAACCACCGAGGAAGAAACGCAGGGUGCAGGUCGAGAUAGUAGUCCCCCCACCUCCAGUUUCCACCAACAAGAGGACGUUUGCUAGCACAGCGAUACCGGGGAAGAAGAGGAAGCGAGAGGAUUCUGGGAGCAGUGAACAUUCUGAAGGAUCGCCUCCUGCAGUACCAAUCUUCAAAACCGGCCCUCCUCGGGGUGUUCGCACAAAAAAGAAGUCCUCGAGUUCUGCCAUGGAAUCUGGUGUCGAUGCAUCUCCCGUCACUAAGAUUGGUCCACCUCGAGGUGUCAGGCGGAAGGCUAAGGCCUCGAGCUCAGCAGCGAUGCACAGUGCAGAUUUAGUUCCUGUCGCUGAUAGUCUGGAAUGGGAGGAAGCGAUGAAUGUACAUGUUGAAAAUCAGAAUGAUUUCGAUGUGCUCGACGCAGACAAUGCGCGGGAUGACUAUAGCAAGAACCAAUUCGUUCCUGAAACACAAUCCCCUCGCCGCCCUUCAUCCGAUCGACCCCUUUCCGCUCGACAUAUCUCACCUGUGAUCGAGAAACCGGGAGAGGAGGAGGUCAUUGGUCGAAAGCCCGCGAAAGUACUACGGCCGGUUCCUCAACCAUCUCCUUCUGUCUUUCGCCCAUACCUGCAAGUCGAGGAGCCCGAGCCUGAGGAGCCACUCAGCUCGAUCGAGCAGUUCAGCUCCCCGGAGAAGGGCACUCAGGCCGCAGUAGCCUUUGUCAUUCGCAAGGGGAAGGAAAGAGCCAGGGACAAAGGUAAAGGACGGCAGGUUGCGUCAAGACGGGAUGACGAGAUUCUACGUGUGCAUGGUCAGCGGCUUGCAGAUCAGAAUGCAGCCAAAGCUCGCCGUAAUGCUCUUGCGAGAGAUGACCGGGAUGAUGAGUCUGAUGACCUUCCUGCCAGUCAUUCUGUUCACGAGGGUCUUGGGGGCGACAUUGGCCCACACGAGGUCGAAGAGAACGAUUGGUUGUUCCAGCUAGCUCCUGACCACGUCCCACACAGCACCGCAGAUGUUCUGGUGCCAAACAGUCUGGAGUCUCACCGUACGUCCGUGGAUACCUUUGCGCAGGAAAUGGCGGGCGCGUACUUGGACCUCACUGGCGGACAAGGCCAGAGACGGUCACCGACCUCGGAACCCGCUGAGCUCUCGUUAGGUCCUGAACUCCCGUCGUCGUCCAAGUGGGAAGCUGGGCCCCUCCAGGAAGCAAGACCGGCCAAGUUGCAGCUAUCUGCAAAGAAGAGCACGGUCCUUUUGAAAUCGGUGACGACCUCAGAUCAGUCGCAGCAGACUACUUCCACACAACGCGCGGAUGCAGACUGUCAAUCACUGGAAAUAGCAGUUUUGAAAGGCCAGCUGAAGGAGUUAUUACUCACCGUGGAGCAGAGGGCAACACAGAUUGGCCUGCUCCAAAUAGAAGUCAUGCAGCGGAAGAUGGAGACGCACAUACUGCAGACUGAGAAGCUUGAUCUCAGCAACGCAUGCAAGACACUAGAGACGGAAUGUGAGCAGCUGAAGUUCAAGAUGGAGACGUUGCAGUCUGAGAAGCUCGAUCUCAACAACACAUGCAAGACACUAGAGACGAAAUAUGAGAAACUCCAGCAGCAGGCGAUCAUAGACUUGGAAGUCGCGGAGAUCAAGUUGCAAGAGCAGCAGACACUGAUCGAGACUCUCGAGCGGGGCCAAGCCGGCAUGGAGGAUGACCUAUCCGUCCUAGAAGGCAGGCUGCAGGAGCAGCAAGUUCUACUUGAGGAGCUGCAGAAGGGCAAGGCCGAUGCGGAGAAGGAUCGCGAACUAUUCCGGAAUCUCUACGGUAAAGCCUCAGUGCAUGCGUCUGAUGUCAGCAAGGAACGAGACGAGCUGCAGCGGCAGCUCGACCUCACCGCCGGCCAGCUUAAGGAUGGCUUACCUAUGGUGAAGGGGAUGUUCAAAGACCACAACGCCAGACUGCAACAGGAGGUGGAGAAGUUGAAGGCGCUGUGCAAGGUGCUGAUGGACAAGGACGAGCGGACGAACGAUGAUGUGCGUAGGCGCGCUGCGUUGGAGCCGAUGCUCAGAGAGGAGAAUGAGAAGUUGAAGAAGGAGAUUGAAGAGUUGAAGGUUGCUCAGGAGAACGUCCGUGCUCCCUCGCAUUUGUCUGAGCAAUCCGAGGAGAGCGAGAAGUCGAAGGAGAUUGAAGAGUUGAAGGUUGCUCAGGAGAACGUCCAUGUUCCAUCGCAUUUAUCUGAGCAAUCCACUGGCGAUGAGGCGGCAACCGAUAUCCGCUAUGUCUGUCAAUAUACGGAAGUGUCAGACGUCCCCGGCGCAACGAUGUGCAAUGCUAUAUUUUCAUCGCCCGAGGAAGUCCAAGAUCAUGCUAUGUGCACUCAUUAUCCAGGACUUCAAGAAUGUCUCUGACCCGUUUUCUCUCCAUCUAUGAACUAUCUCAUCGUCACAGGGUUGCUGUAUUUUCUGCACAUGUACAACUUGUAUCUGGUAGCGCAUAUGAUAAUGUGGGAUGGGUUUCUGAUGCACAGGAUAGAUACAUUGACACG